AUGCGAGACCCCCAAGCCUCAAAGCGGAGGCGAGUUUCCACGGAGCCCGAGCAGGAUGACGAUGGAGAUGUAGCGAUGGACGGCGGUGACAGCGUCUAUUCUGUCCCUUCAUCACCUGAGCCAGCGGACUCGGAGGACCAAGAUUAUCGCGGACCCAAAAGACAGCCAUCCCGCCGCCAGUCCACGCGCCGCAAGUCGCAAGCCACCAGCGCAGUUGAUUUGGGUGCUGCGACCGACGAAAAUGCAGUUGACACCCCUUCGAGGGCCGGAACACGCUCCAGUGGACGGCAACGGAAGGCGCCUGAACGUUUCGAGGAUGCUCAAACGCCAACCUCUGCCCAACGAGGCGCCGCGACCCCUCGCAGUGGGCGCCCCGCGAGAAGCGCGCAGAAGAAGAAGCCUGAGCUAGUGGAAGACGAAGACGAGGAGAUGGAUUUGGAUGGUCAGUCACCUGAACCGGUUCUCACAAGGACCCGAUCGCGGAGAACCGCAGCGAAGCCAAAGUCAAAGGCUGGGGAGGAAGAACAGCCCGACUCGCCGGACUACAACGAUGGACUGGAUGAUCUUGUUGCAUUACAACUCCAACAGGGCCUUGUGCAGAACCAACCAGCGGCAGAAGAAGAGAUGGUAGAGAUGGCGGAGCCUCUUCCUGGAUAUGCAGAGGCUUUCCAAUCCGUCUGCCAGAAUGGAUUGCAAAAUGAAACCCGCGUAUUGACGAAUUUUGUUCUCGAGAAGCUUUCCGGGAAGCGGCAGAUCCCACUGAAGGGACUGGAUAGCGAGUACACCAAGGUCAACCACUUGAUUGAGCAGACGGUCACCGUUGGCGAAGGAAAUUCGAUGCUGUUACUCGGAUCUCGAGGCGCAGGGAAAACUGCAAUGGUUGAAUCCAUCAUCUCGAAUCUUUCCAAAGAGCACAGUAAUGACUUCCACGUCGUUCGUUUGAAUGGCUUCCUUCAUACGGAUGACCGUUUGGCUCUUCGAGAGAUGUGGCGCCAGCUAGGUCGUGAGACCCAUACUGAAGAUGAUGCCGCAAAAGUCAAUUCCUAUGCGGACACAAUGGCCACACUUCUGGCCCUGCUUUCUCACCCCGAGGAACUCUUUGGCGCUUCUGGAAACAAGGACUCGAUUACCGCUGCCAAAUCUAUUGUCAUUCUUCUGGAUGAAUUCGACCUUUUCGUCACUCAUCCCCGCCAGACUCUAUUAUAUAACCUUUUUGACAUCGCACAGGCCCGAAAGGCACCCAUCGCUGUAAUCGGGCUCACAACAAAGGUUGAUGUGACCGAGAUGUUGGAGAAGCGAGUGAAAAGUCGGUUCAGCCACCGAUAUGUCUACGUUCCACUUCCCCGGACAUUCGAAAUGUUCUCAGAUAUUUGCCUGGCAAGCCUCGAUCUGAACGACAGCGAGAUUACGCAACUUGCAGACUCUAUGGAGCGUGGACGCGCCCUCAUCGAGUCGGCUCCCUGGCGAACGCUCCUGGCGGGGUGGAAAUCAUAUCUCAAGGAAUUGUGGGUGGAUAAGGACUUCCAAUUCCACAUGAAAAACAUAUUCUACCAAACCAAGUCCGUGAAGGACUUCCUCACAAGCGUGCUGCUGCCAAUCAGUGAACUCAACAUCAGCACGUUGGCACCCGAUACAACCCUCCAAGUCCCAACCCCCAAAAGCUUCACCUCGCAGUCCCUCUCAUGCCCCGACCCAGCACCCCUCCCAUUCUCAACAUCCAUCGCUGCAUCCGCAAGCCCUUCAUCCCUCCCCCUUGCGCUCCUUCUCGCUGCCACUCGGCUCGCAGCGCUUUUCGACCCAGUGGCAGACGGCGCUCAGGCCCAGGGCCUAGCGCCGCUGGCUCUGUCCUUCCCAGCCGCUUAUGCAGAAUAUGUCCGAAUGCUUACCUCUGCUAAGACCUCCGCCUCGCCGCCACGCCCGGCCGCGUCUGGGGCCGCGAUGUGGCGCGGGAAUCGUGGGAGAAACCUAAUUUCCUGGGGUCUGGUGACGCCUGUGGGCGGCGGCAACGGCACGGCUGAUGGCCAGAUGUUCCGUGUGGAGAUCAGUUUCGAGGAGGUGGUCGAGAUGGCCGGAUCAAGCAGUUCGCUUGGACAGUGGUGGCGUGAGGGUUGA